UAAAUAUACUUGAGGGCAAACACUCAGCAUAUAUCGGCCAUAAAUCUCUAAUUUGUUCAUCAUUUAGAUAUGGCAAAGGUUGAGUUUGAGAGCAGAUGGUCUCUUCAUGGAGCCACAGCUUUGGUCACCGGCGGCUCCAAAGGAAUCGGGCAAGCAAUAGUUGAAGAGUUGGCUAGACAUGGAGCAAAGGUACACACAUGUGCUCGAAAUCAGAAGGAACUCGAUAAAUCUCUGGAGCACUGGCAAAGCUUGAAGCUUGAUGUCACAGCCUCUGUGUGUGAUGUUUCUUCACGAGCAGAGAGAGAGAAACUAAUUGAGACCGUGUCUUCUUUGUUCCAAGGAAAGCUCAACAUACUCAUCAAUAAUACAGGGACGAGCGUAUAUAAGCCUGCCAUCGAAAUUACAGAAGAAGAUUAUAGGUUUUUGAUGUCCACAAAUUUGGAAUCCGCUUUCCAUUUGAGCCAAUUGGCUCACCCACUUAUGAAGGCAUCCGGGAUCGGCAAUAUUGUAUUCAUUUCCUCGGCCGGAAGUUUAAUUGCAUUUCCACUAUUAAGUGUUUAUGGUACCACUAAAGGUGGAAUGAAUCAGCUGACGAGAAAUCUGGGAAAGCUGGCUUUGGAGUGGGCAAAAGAUAAUAUUCGAGUCAACUGCAUUGCACCUGGACCAAUCAUAACUCCAUUGUUAUUAUCUUCUUUUGCACCGGAGGGUAGCAUUUCUAAAGCAGAAAAACUGGGUGUUCCUCUUGGAAGGAUAGGAGAGCCAGUGGAGAUAGCAGCAGUUGCUUCAUUCCUUGUCAUGUCUGCAUCAUCCUAUAUCACCGGUCAAGUAAUUUUUGUGGAUGGGGGUAUGACUAUGGGUCGUGUUGCUCCAUAAAUUUAUUAAUAUCCUUAUUAAUGCAUUGAUUUAGUUAAUUAUUCUCUAUAAGAAAGGAUGUUUGCACUAAAAAGUGGGGUAAGCUAAUAAAUAAGGGUCAAGUUUUCUUGAUCUAUAUGAUAUUAUUGGCAUAGAGGUUGCCAUCUUUGGUCUCUGGGUAUUGUAAUUCAUGGUUUCGAAAUAAAUUUCUUGUACUUGUUCUUCAGAAUUCUUGAUAAAGAGAUUAUAUU